AUGGCGGAAUUCGUGCGUGCCCAGAUCUUUGGCACCACUUUCGAGAUCACCAGCAGGUACACCGACCUGCAACCGGUGGGAAUGGGGGCGUUUGGACUGGUCUGCUACUUCGUGACUGAGCUGUUGGGAACCGACCUGCACCGACUUCUGACCUCCCGCCCGUUGGAGAAACAGUUCAUUCAGUAUUUCUUGUAUCAGAUUCUGCGAGGGUUGAAAUUUGUCCACUCAGCAGGCGUUGUUCAUCGAGACCUCAAACCCAGCAAUAUCCUCAUCAACGAAAACUGCGAUCUGAAAAUCUGCGACUUUGGCCUGGCCCGUAUCCAAGACCCUCAGAUGACCGGCUAUGUAUCGACGAGGUACUAUCGCGCGCCCGAGAUCAUGCUAACAUGGCAAAAGUACGACGUGGAGGUGGAUAUCUGGAGUGCAGCCUGUAUCUUUGCGGAGAUGCUGGAGGGAAAGCCCUUGUUCCCCGGAAAGGACCAUGUCAACCAGUUUUCGAUCAUCACAGAACUUCUGGGUACCCCGCCGGACGACGUGACCCAGACCAUCUGCAGUGAAAACACACUGCGCUUCGUCAAAUCUUUGCCCAAGCGAGAGCGCCAGCCUCUCGCCAACAAAUUCAAGAACGCCGACCCGGAUGCGGUUGACCUUCUCGAGCGAAUGCUUGUGUUUGACCCCAAGAAGCGAGUCCGUGCCGGUGAAGCCCUUGCGCACGAGUACCUGGCCCCCUACCACGACCCGACCGAUGAACCCGAGGCGGAAGAGAAGUUCGAUUGGUCAUUCAACGAUGCUGAGCUACCAGUGGAUACAUGGAAAAUCAUGAUGUACUCCGAGAUCCUCGACUUCCACAAUAUUGAACAAGGCAACGACGCCGGUCAAGUUCUUGUCGAGGGAGUUGGGAAUGGUCAGAGUUAUGCAUGA